AUGACCGCUACCGGCCCCUCCAAUUUCGGCCCUCUCACCACAAUCUUCACUCCACCAUCAUGGUGUUCGAACGAGCGAUGGAUCGCCCACGAUUCUACUAAAGGCGGCACACUUCUACGAUGGGGCGCAACAUGCGAUUCUGGAACCAUUGGCUUCGCAUCUGAAUGCUAUCCAGAUGGAUGGUCAGGAUCCAACGCCAGCGCACUGAGUUAUAAAGGCUUCUCGCCCGGAUUGGCGUGUCCGAGUGGAUUUACCGGUGCUGCCUCGGCUAGCCAUAUUGAGCAAUCUAAUCAUUUCGUUUUGUCUGAGUAUAUCACCGACUUGGGUCAGCAUGAUCUUGCUACUGCUUGUUGUCCCAGAAACUACGACUUUAACGGCACCAUGUGCGUCAGCCACACACUAUCCUUCGCCUCAGCCCACCCAUUCCUAACAACAUCCGGCUCAAAAUGCAUCCAAACAACAAGUUACAAAUACUUCCAAUCAAUCGGUUCAUCCGCCUCAAACGGCCAAGCAACUUUCGAAGCCUACCCAGUCAUAAUCGUCCAAGACUCCCGCUCCUCAACUUCCAUCCCCCAAGCAACAGGCUCCAACGGCAGCGGAUCCUCAAAUUCGGGCACUCUAUCUACAGGCGCUAAGAUCGCUAUUGGCGUUUGUAUACCCGUGGUAAUUAUUAUUACCGCUGCUUUGGUCUUUAUUUGGUGGCAUCGGCGGAGGACGAGGGCGAAGAAGGACGCUGCUGCUGAAGCUGCUGCCGCUGCUGAAGAGGUCACUUCUUCGCAGAAGGAUCCGUAUGCUGGGAAGCCGGAACUGGAUGGUGAGACACGGGUUGAUCCGUAUAAGAGUCGGAAUGGAGAAUGGGAAUUGGAUGCGAGGGGUGUUGCGGUGCCCCCGGCGGAAUUGUCUGCGUUGGGGGGUAAUGUUUUGACCGAGAUGCCGAGUCAGAAGAGUCCUGAUACGCCGCACGCUGAGCUUCCGGGUGAUUUUGGGGUUUUUGGUACGGAGGGGAAGACUGGGGAUGAUGCCAAUGGUGCUAGUAAAAAUGAGAGUAAGGAUGGGAAUGGGGAUGGGAAUGGGGAUGGGAGGCAUAGUCCGGCUCAGGAUAAAUAA